AUGGGUCAAAUGGUUAAAAAUUUGGUUCAUCAGCAGUACCGCUUAGCUGUAUUGAUGUCGAGUGGCCAGGGAAGAGAAUCCGGAGAAGGGUCAUCAAGAUCAGUUUCUGCACCAGCUGAUCAUCAGCAACCACCCCAAUUGAGCCGAUAUGAGUCGCAGAAGCGGCGAGACUGGAACACCUUCGGACAGUACUUAAAGAAUCAGAGGCCCCCAGUAGCCAUGUCACAGUGCAACUAUAACCAUGUCCUAGAUUUCCUUCGAUACCUUGAUCAAUUUGGGAAGACUAAGGUGCACUUACAAGGGUGUGUCUUUUUUGGUCAACCUGAGCCACCAGGGCCUUGUGCUUGCCCUCUCAGGCAAGCUUGGGGUAGCCUUGAUGCACUCAUCGGACGCCUUAGGGCUGCAUACGAGGAGAACGGUGGCUUACCAGAGACGAAUCCAUUCGCCAGUGGUGCUAUUCGUUUGUAUCUGCGAGAUGUAAGGGGCUCCCAAGCUAAGGCCAGGGGCAUACCGUACAAGAAGAAAAAGAAGAAGAGGAAUCAAAUGAAGGCCACCGACGAGACAACGAACUUUCAGAUGCAGUCAGCUUGA